UAAAGGCAGAUAGCGGACCAUGGGGAGCAGGGGAAAACUUUUUAUACUGACAUGUCAGCGCAAUGACUUUUGAGUAACAUCUAACUGGGACGAGGCUCCCGGCGUGAGGAGGACAGGGCCCUUUGCGGGAAGAAAAAGGAGCACUUGGCAUCUGCCGGGGUACAGGAACGAAAAGCAGAACGGCAAAAGAGUUGAGACCAGUCCAAGAAUCAGCGGUGGAAAAUCCAGCUUAGCCAUUUGAAUUGAAAGAUGAGCUUGUUGUCUGCCAUAGACACGAGUGCCUCCGUGUACCAGCCAGCGCAACUUCUCAACUGGGUCUAUCUUUCCUUACAAGACCCCCACCAGACCAGCGCUUUUGACGCGUUCAGACCCGAGCCCAACUCUUCCCACCCGGAUCUCAGUUUCAGCAAGACUCCCGCAGCGGCGGACUUGAGCUCUUCCCUGAACUCCAACUAUCUCAACAACUUCUUUCAGCUGCAGCGGAAUGAGGCCUUAAACAACAACGUGUAUAAGAAUGUGUCACCCUAUGGCUCCUUGAACAACAUCGUGGAUGGACUCAACUCUCUGACGGACCAUUUCUCAGACCUUUCCCUUUCUUCAGAGCCAAGAAAGCCCAACAAGAGACCCCCACCCAAUUACUUAUGCCACCUGUGCUUCAACAAGGGCCAUUACAUCAAAGACUGCCCUCAGGCCAGACCUAAAGGAGAAGGGCUGACACCCUACCAGGGGAAGAAGAGAUGUUUCGGAGAGUACAAGUGCCCCAAGUGUAAGAGGAAGUGGAUGAGUGGCAACUCGUGGGCCAACAUGGGACAAGAAUGUAUCAAAUGCCACAUCAACGUCUAUCCACACAAACAGCGCCCUUUAGAGAAGCCAGAUGGCCUGGAUGUUUCUGACCAGAGUAAGGAGCACCCGCAACACCUAUGCGAGAAAUGCAAAGUCCUGGGCUACUACUGCCGUCGUGUGCAAUAAUCACCUUUAUCGUCAGAGAGCAACGUUUGUAUCUUGAGUUGUACCGCUCAUCCUCCAUCAAGGCUGUUAACUUCCCCCAGACCUCCCUCCUUCCCUGCCCUCCAGGUUUCCUCUCAUCCCUGCCUUGCACACAACACGGCAUCCUUUCCUCCUCACGUCUUCCCCUUCGUCUUUCUAAGACACCUCAAAUAUAGACAGUAGCUCUAAUCCUCCCUUCUUUCUUUCCUCCUUUCUCUACCACAGCAAAUAAACCUGUCUCUCUUUCCAGCCACCCGUGGGACACAGAUUUCAAUCGUUACGCUUCUUUUUCUACGACAGUAUUGACGAUUACAUUCAGGAACGAGAGGAACACGUUAACUUAGGAUCAAUCUCUAUCUCUCAAAGUGCUCUUCAUCAAAAGCAGAAACUUGCCAAAAUCAGUGACUUUUUUUUUUUUUUUUUUUUACACCUCGUGUACCAGAAAACCACAUAACCCCAUUCAUCCAGCUCGAUUUGUAACAACAGCUUAUCACUGCAUCGAUGAAUUAGCACUAGGCAUCGAUGCCACUGACAGUAUUGGUCUCAAUAGAUUACCUCACUUUGGGGUUUGUUGGCUUUGUGUUUACAGAGAUCUGCCUUCCAUUUCCCUGCCAAGUGAAGUGUGUGGUAAUGUGAUGAACGUUUAACACGGGCCUCUCAUGAUGGUAUAAUGUAUACGAGGCCUUUGAUGUCUUGCCGUAUUAGGGUCUGUUGGCCCUACCUACCCACAUCUUAUUAACUGUGAAUUAACUGAGGGAUAAUGUGCCAUACAUCCCUAGCUUACAUUUGGCCUAUUUAUUUUCUUGUUGUCUAGUGUGCAAUUUGAAUUUUAACUGGGACAUAAAGAAAUGUUUUUUUGUAUGUUUGUAUAUCACAUUAUUGUGUAACUGCUUCCACGUGUCUUUAGAAACUACUGUAGGUUCAGUCGCAUAGCAUCGCUCCUUGUCUAGAUUUAGUGCAUUGCUAACAGAUAUGGUUUCAUUCACCCUCCCUAGAGUAUUUUUGUUGCCUAACAAAUUCUCAAUAAUCUAUAGUGUUACGCCACAUAGGUAAAUUGUUUUAAUUUCAAGCCGGUCAACAGAAAAGUAGCGGUAGGAAAACAGCAGUAGCUUCAGAAACAAUAAUCUUGCGGUUUUUCUUCUGGCCAGUGAUGCACGUAGAACUUUUUCAAAGCAAUCAAAAAAUGAACUGCUUGCCAUAAUUUGACUUGCAUUAUGAAACAUAACUUAAGUGUUCAUAUGUAAAAGCCUGAUUAGAUUUUAACCACAAAUUAAAAUACAAAGGAGAUGUUUGUUUGAGAGAGAUUCAGCAAGACAUUUGAGUUCACAUUUUAGUGCCAAUUGAUGCCUGGCAGCCUUAGUGGAGUCGGUGAAGCUAAAUGGAAACUUUUCCAAGGGCUUGCACCCUUCAAAACUAUGUCCAAUAGCUGAUUGCAAUAUAAAGAGUGUCCAGAGGGAGGUGAAGGUUGGCAGCAAUUUUCAGGUAGGUUAAGAGAAACAAAAUAAGAGUUCAAAUGCGAGGGCAGAUUUUUGAUGUGGUCAUUCUGGUGACUAAAGGAUAUAUAGGAAGUGAUGAUGAAUUAAGUUUACACUUAAAUUCAUUUUUAUGGGGCCUACUAUUGUAAACCAAUGUCUUUAAAGGAAGAGAAGUACAAAUCCCAUUCUCUUUAUCCUGUUUACAUAUAUCACAGUGCAGACCUACAGCACUACAGAGGAAAUUGUCUUUUUGACUAAUAGAAACCUGCCUUUCAAGGAACAUUGUUAUAGGAAUUGUGAAAUAUUUUUAUAUGUACUGUAUUUUUAGCCUUACAAAAGCUGGUUGACUAUAUUUUAUACUGUAACAUACUAUAUGUGCCUUAAAAAGAUUGAAAUCACUCUGAAGUAGACAGAUAAAGACUAGAAGGCCAUUUAAAAUUAGGGAAAGACAUGCGGGGGGGGGUAGGCUCAGAGUUGGAGCAGAAUAUGAGCAUGUGGUAACUGUGAUGCAAAGUAAGUUUAAUGCAGGUUCAAGAUGUGGCAAAGGACAAGAAAAUGAUACAGCUCCUCUAUUAGCAGUUUGAGCUGGCACGGUGGGUGUUCACUUCAACAAUUUGCUGAGUUGGAGGCAUGGGCUGUACCAGCAUUUCCAGCUGGCAAUAACAAUCCUACUGUGGUCUGUUGUCAUGGAAUAUCAACAAAGAUGUUAUUUCUUAGUAGAUCCUUACAACAGAAUGGAGCCUCACUCUUUGUUUUCUUAAUCUAUUGUACUUAUGUUUAUCUAAGGAACCAUGGGUUUUUGUCUAAAAUAUACAUGGUCACUUGCCUUAGUGGGAGAGUUUGCAGUGGCCGAUAAUGGUACCUUACAGUUUUGGGAAAUGAUCAUUUAGCUAAAUUCCAUCUGUGAAGUUAAAGGGGCACUCCGGUGAUUUAGGACUGCAGUUCUACAAAGUUCAGCGGUUCAAAAUCGAUGCAGCAGACGUUGAGAUAUCUUGACAUUUAGUCCCAAAGUAUGGGUCGACUACCAAAAAUGCUGGAUCCUACAUUUCCCAUGAUGCAACUCAAAAGCAUCUUUCAUAAAGGUGCGGUCACAUAACGUUUCCAGUCAACGAAUAUUCACUCUUGUUUCCCCACUUCUGUUGAAGCCCAUCCAACGGGCAAAUUCAAGCGUCCGUUUCCUGUUUCAGUGUCAGUGUUGAAUGUCCAGCAGGUUGCCGUGGUUUCACAGCUCACAGUUCACCUUUGUUCAACUUUGACCCAGCAGUUAUUAUUAUCGUGUGUUUUAUCACCGUUUUUAGUAAAUUAUCACACUUCAAGUCUACAAAAUGUAGCAUCACUCUCAUACACUGUUCACAGUUUGUGGUUGUGUGGAGUGCUGAGAACUUUCGGAGGACGGAAACAUAGACUUCUGAUCUUUGGUCAGUGCCCACAUUUUUCAAACUCUACAACCCCAGUUUGCAAUGCAGGGUUUUUGUUAAAACUGUCUGCAAGCCCAAGUUGAGAUUAUGUAAUCAUUAUGACAUCAUCAGGGUUGUUUUCUCAGACUUGUAAAAGCUUCUGCGGAGUCACAGAAGACAUUAUACAACUAUUUUCACAAGCAGAGUAGCACUGGAGUGCCCCUUUAAAAGACGGAAUUGACAGCUGUGCGUGUAUAUUGCCUCACCUUAUAGACUUAAUUUGAUAGGAUAGGAUUCUCAUUUUAGCCCGUCGCUGUUGGGAACAAUCCAUUUUUCUUACUGUAACAUCGUCUUUCUUUUGUUCUAUGUGAUGACACUAACCUAACAGGUCUUUACAUCUGAACCUUCUUGUCCACAUUAUACCUUCGUGUGGCUCUAGUGACAGGAAUAGAUACCAAUAAUGCCUUAUGAGCUCACCUCAUUAACAAGUAACAAUGUUAUUGUGAUUAACAGAGUUCUGGCAGACUAGAAAGGAGAAAUAGAUAGUGAGAAAUCCUGUUGGAGGGUUUGAUUCCGCCCAGAGACAUUGUUAUGAGGAGGCCAUUUUAAAUGGCAAAAUCAAGAGCCAAUGGAAGCAGUUGAUACAAUACAUUUGAAAAAAAAAAUAAAUCUCUGCUUUCAGACGUACAGUAGUGUCUUGAAUUACAUAUACUUGACUUUUCUAGUACCUUUUCAGUUCAAAUUUGUUAUUUUCUAUGAAUAAGAUGUGUAUUUUGGAACACUUAAUAGAUGUUGAAAAUUUUAAAGCAAUCUGCAAAAACUCAAGAGUUAUUUCCCUGACAAAGAUAUUUACAAAUGACUGUUUUAUGUAUAUAUUUGAUGGCCAUCAUUUUCAAGGAUAGUAGCUCUUUUGAAGUGUUAUGCAAUAUUGAAGCUUUUUUUGUGUGAAGAAGGGCCUAUUGCUGAGAAAUAAACAAAGCUGGGAGUUUUUUUUUUUCUUUUUCUUUGAUGUUUUACGAUAAUCUGAGGGGUUAUCCUGCAGAAAUAUUUAUGGAAAGAGUUUUUUUACAACACUUUUUGUAUAGAAUAUGCAACAAAGUUACACUAAGAAGGAAAUAUUGAUGUCUACAUAGAAUAUUAUUAAAAAAGCUGGUACAUAAUUAAUACCCUUUCUCAAUUAUAAGCCAUUGUAUUUUUGUGUUUUGUGUUAUGAUGUUAUCAGUGUUGAAUAACCCACAAUGUUACUUGGUCGCUAUAUGUAACUAAUUAUGAGCUGCCAUUUACAUCCAUACAGUCGCAUGUAUUCAUUUUGUAAACAGUAACUACAAUAUAAUGAAGAUAUAAUGUGUUAACAUGCAGAAUCUUUUUUUUUUUUUUCUUAAUUAGUGACGGAUACUCACCACUGUAUAAGCACGUUAAACUGUGAGAUGUAGUUUGCUUAAAGCAGCGAUGACAAGAAACUAUUAUAAAAUAUUAUGGUGUUAUUAGUAGUUUUAGGGAGUGUAUACUUUGUUCAAGAAAGCGUGUGUGACAAAGAACUAUUUUAGAGUUUGCAUGUGCAUGUGUUUGGUUUCGAAUGAAAUAUUAUUUUGUGCAAUGUAUACUUAUUUAAAUACUUUACAGUAGUUUGCUACAGUACAUAUUGUUUUUAACAUUAUCAGUAACUUCUGAUGGUUAUUAGUCCUGAAGUAUUUCAUUUACCGCUAGUGUAGCCUCUAUGAAUACCGUAAUACAUAUUUACUGAAUGUAAUGUGUUAACACUUAUGUGGUCAAUUUGGAAAGUUAUGUUUGUAUUCUUUACUGUCUGUAUCACUUUGAGAUGUUUGUAAUGCAAUAUUGCAAUAAUGUAAUAUUUGAAUUGGACAGAACACAGGCGUGAGGUUGGGAAGACAAUGAUUUUGGGAAACAAGGACAGUCAUGGUUUCGAGAGUAGACCGCAGGUCUGUUUUUCAUGUCCAUGAAACGGCAUUCCAAAAUGUGCCUUAUUUGUUAGUUGGGAAAACAUUUUAGUGCUUUAGUGCUGUCGAGAGUUUGAUGAAUAAAAGUCAUACUGAA